UGUGAAUGAACUCUUCUAGGUUAGGGGUCGAAUUCCUGCUCCCUGGUGAGGCACUACGGUUGAGAAUAACUGAGUUGUUUGGGGUUUAUCAGAAAGGAGGAGGGUUUUAGGGAAGGAGAUCCAAAUUUGCUACAAAAUCUCCUCAGAAGAACCAGACCAGAACAGGUGAGUCCUUUCCAUCACUGUCCAUGUUUAAUUUCAUAUUCAAAUCUUUGCCUUAUUUGAGGUGUGUCGUAUCAACUUCACCAAUCCGGACACUACAUUUUCUUCAACACGACCCUUUAUCUUCAUCACCAUCUCUCAAAUCCAUAUCUACCACUUCAGAUCAACACUCAUUCACAGUUGAUUACCUCACUAAAUCAUGUGGGCUUCGUCCAGAAGAGGCUCUCUCGGCCUCCAAGUACAUCACCAUCAAAACCCCAGACAAACCAGACUCCGUUCUCGCAUUCUUCAGCAGCCAUGAAUUCACCGAAACCCAGAUCUCACUUCUCAUUAGAAGAUGCCCUCGGGUACUCAUGUCCGAUCCCGAGAAUACCCUUUUCCCCAAAAUCGUAUUUUUCCACUCUAAAGGUUUUUUAACCCAAGACAGUGCUAAAAUACUGUCUACAACACCAGCUGUUUGGAAAACCAAAUCAUCCCAUCGUACAAUUUCUUCAAGGAAUUCCUCAAGUCCGAAGAGAAAACGAAUGCCGUUAUUAAACACUUUGCUGGGAUUUUGUUGUGUGCCUGAAUUGAAUAUUGUGGCUCUCUUUACAGAAAAACCUCAAGCUUUCACGGCUAAUGCUGAUAGGUUUAAGGAGAUUGUAGAGGAAGUAAAGAAAAUGGGUUUUAACCCUACAACAAUGAUGUUUGGUAUAGUAAUUCAUACACUAGGGGCAAUGAGUAAAUCAACUUGGGAAAAGAAGGUGGAGGUUUAUAAGAAGUGGGGUUUGUCCGAGGAUGAGAUGUUGGUGGCUUUUGUGAAGCAUCUAAGGUGUAUGAUGGCAUCAGAGGAUAAGAUUAUGGGGAUGAUGGAUUUUUUUGUCAAUAAAAUGGGUUGGGAGUCUUCUAUUAUUGUGAGGAGGCCAGGGCUUCUUUCCUUGAGCUUGGAGAGGAGGAUCAUUCCAAGGUGUUUGGUUUAUCAAAUUCUGUUGUCAAAAGGUUUGAUUAAGAAGGAUUUUGGCUUGAUUAAGAUGAUGGACUAUCCUGAAAGUUACUUCAUACAGAAGUAUGUGAAAAAAUAUGAAGAAGAAGCUCCUGAGCUUUUGAAGUUAUAUCAGGACAAGUUGAAUCUUUCAAAGUAACUAGGGUAUGGGAAAAUGACCAUUUUAAGGUCGUACAUCUCUAAUCCCAUCUAUACAUUGGGUAGUGAAUAUGCUUUUGUUUGAAAUACAACAAUGGCAAUCAAAUUUCAUUAAUCUCUGAGCAAAUUUGUGUUCUCUGUUUUAGUUCCGGCAAUUGAAACUUGAAGCUCAACAACAUGGUGCAUUGAAUUCUCCAGUACUUUUGUAGUGGUUAAGGCUUGGUGUGAUAUGCCAUUGUUUGUUAUAGUCUGGGAGAGCAGUGUAGGUGAUCUUGGUUUAGUUUGACAAACAAUUUGGUCUAUUAAUGAUUUGGAAUUUCAAUUGUAAUGAUGCAAACAUCUGACUCAGUGUUGUACUUUUUUAUCCAGCAACUGUUAUCUUCCCCUUUCGAUUAGAGCAUAAAUAAAUGAGAUUAUAUGACAUUGUUCUAUUUAUGCAAGUGUGACAUUGUUGGUUCAAUUCAUGAUUCAGUCCAUCUAUCAUCUUCCUCCCAGUCUGUAUUGAGAACUUUCUUUCAGUUUGUCCAGGAUGAAUUCAGGUUUACACUCUUUUCUUUUGCUGCUUGGUGUUUAUAGCACGAAUGUUAUAGGAUGCUCACCUUGGUGCAUUGCUGUCGGAUACCUCAACAACAAAUAUAUUGACGACGAUUAGUCCAUAAAACUGGAAUGGAGAAGAAAGUGUUACUAGAUCAGCAUGGUGAAUCAUCGAUUGUUAAUCAAUAUGUUCCCUUCAUAGCCCAUUUAUAUAAUGCUCUGUUUUUAAGUUCAUUUGUU